AGAAGCAGCAGCAGCUCCAGCUCUGGUUAGGCGGCGAGCAAGGCGAUGGCUGAGGGUCCCCAGCAGCUGCUGGAAGUGUGCCGGCUGAGGCUGUCCCGCUUCCUCUGCGAUGCCCAGCACAAGCGCCUGGCCUGGCUGCGGGAGGUGGAGGAGCAGGGCAUGAGGAUGCUCAAGAGCAGCUUCAGGGAUGAGCCCAUGCUCUUGCCCAAAACGCCAUCGCAGAGGAGGAAGCCCAGGAAAAGGCAGUCCUCCUGGAUGAGGGAAGAAAGCAAGGAGCUGAGCAGGAGGAGGUUGUCCCGAAGGAGGAGUGGUGUCAAGCUGCUGUCUUUCAGUCUGAAUUCCCAGCGGUGCCUGAGCCAGGAGCAGCCCCGCAGCCCUGGCUGUGAGGGGCAGGAUGCAUCCGUGCCCGGCCAUGCUCCGGGACCUCAGGCUGGCAUCGCACCCCAGCUCCCGGCUCUGCCCGGGAAGCAGCCUGUGGAAGCACAUGUUCCCGUGGCGGAUCUGGGUUGCCAGGAGUGUCCCCAGGGCGCUGCUGGGGGUGUUGCAGCCCCUCCAGCGGUUUUGGGGGAGCAGCCGCCUCCUGAGGGCGACGCAGCGGCCGAGCUGCAGGAGGUCCCUGGGAUCCCGGCUGAGCAGCCGGGGAGGGAUGGAGAGCAGGACGCCGGGAGAGCCAGCACCUCCACUCCCAAGGCCGCUCGGAAUGGCGAUCCUGCUGCGCUCCAGGGAGAUGGGUCUCCCCAAGGCCUCGAGACGCUGCUCUCCCAGGAUUCCCCCGGGAAAAGCGCGACAGAGCAAUCCAGGACGCGGCGCCGGAGCGGGGUGGGUGCCCCCUGCAAGAGCCGCAGGGCUUCCUUGGCGGCAAAAUGCUCCCUGGCCAGCAGGAGGGAGAACAUGAUCCGGAGAUCCAUCGGCAGGGCCAUGGCCAGGAAGGCAGCGGCGCGAGAGUCCUCCUCGGCCUCCAGCAGAGUGAGCUGUCACAGCUCCUUGGAGGCGUUUGUGGAAGAAGAUGCGACCGGCGGCGCAAGGCCUGAGCUGGAGCCAAAUUCCCCCAGGGAAAAGGCUCCCCGAGAUGCCCUCGUUCCAAGCACAAGUCCCCGAGCUGCCAGCUCUCCUGCACAGCACCUGUCCCCUCUGGAGCAGCAGGCAGGGAAUGCUGCAGGAAGCCAUGUAAAUCCUAACAGUGAGCCCCAGAAGAGCCAGGAACAGCCCCACUGUGCCAAGUCCCAGGAGAAUCCCUCCCGCAUGUGGGUGAGAGGCUGCAAGCAAGCCCUGGGUGUCCUGUGGCACGGGCAGCAGCCGGGGGGCCGGCCCUUCUCCCCCUUGGAUGAGAAGCACAAGGCCUCGGCAAACCAGGCUCCGUCGUCCCCCUCUCCGUCCAGCAAGGCUGUCAGGCCACUGAAGAACCUCCUGCAGGGACAAGGGGGUGGCAUCAAGGACUUCAUCAAGCGCAGCACUGCCACCCGGCCCAACCUGAAGGGAGACUUUGUUGAGAAGGAGAGGCAGAGACUGGAGAACCUCCGCAAGAAGCAGGAGGCUGAGGAACAGAGGAAGAAGAAAGUGGAGGAGGAGAAGAGACGGCGCCAGGCAGAAAUGAAGCAGAAGAGGGAAGAGCGCCUGAGGAAGGCCCUGCAGGCUCGGGAGCGCGCGGAGCAGAUGGAGGAGAAGAAGAAAAGGCGGAUGGAGCAGAAGAUCCUGCAGAGUGAUGAGAAGGUGCACAUCUCACAGGUGAGGGAAGAGAAGGUGGCAGAGGAGCUGAGCAAGAGGAAAACGUCCAGGAAACAUGGGGAAGCAGAGGCACGGAAGCAGAAAGCACUGAGAGGGGAGGAAAACGAGCAGCAAGAACCACUGCAGAGAAGAGAGGAUGAAGGGAAGGAAAGAGGGAAGAAAGUCUUGGAACUGAAGAACCUUCUGGAGCAGCAACAGCUGGGACAAGCAAAGGAGAGGGAUCCCAAGCAGCGAGGGAAGGAGAAGCCCCCCCAAGCACAGCGGGAGCCAGCGGCGUUGGCUGGCAAGGCCACCAAGGGGAAAGACAGUCCCAAAGAGCUGCCCCUUGGGCCGGAGAAAAGAUAUGAACCACCACAAUCCUUUUUCCCAGCUCUUAACAUCUGGCUCCAAGCAGAGAGGGGGGCAGACGGUCAGCAGCGGCUGGGAGAGGAGCAAAAACCCCUCCAACCAGCAGCCCCGGGGACGCAGCCGAGCGAAGCCGUCAUGGAAUCCCUCUCCACCUCCUGCCUCGGGUCCCCGCAGGGUGCUCAGGAGCCAGGGUCGCCCCCGGCUGAUGAGAACAGCUACGGGCUGGAUCUGAACAGUGACGACUCCACCGAUGACGAGAGCAACCCUCGGAAGCCCAUCCCUGCCUGGGCCGAUGGGGCGCAGCUCCAGCAGACCAUCGUGCACCAGUACUACCACCCGGUGGACGUGGACGCGCUGUUCGGGGCCAUCCCCAGCCCCAGGCUGGAGCACAUCUUCUACAAGAGCAAACCCCGCUACUUCAAGCGCACCAGCUCGGCCGUGUGGCACUCCCCGCCCGGCCCCUCCUGCACCUUCCAGAGCUGAGCCAAGGCACAGGAAGGGGUCUCUAGGGACUGUGUGUUCUACUGUAUUUACGAUUUUAACUUUUUUUCCUUCUUUUGUACAGAAAUAAAGUUGUUUAAUAAAGUCCAA